GGACAAAGAGGAAAAUCGUGUGACCUUUUGACAUGAUUUGGCGACAUGGCACACAUGGAGGUCCGAGCUAUAAAAGUGGCCAGAUAACUGAUUCCCAGCGCUUUCAGCGGUGAGCAAGUGUAACAAGCACUGAAGAUGAAUUUUGCACUCAUUGCGGCGAUUUGCCUGGUAAGAUAAUUAUUUAGACAUUUAUUUUAUUUUUGUCAUGUUCAUUUCUCCAUUGCAAUAGCAGCUCACUAACCAGACGUGGAAUGAACGGAAUUUAGCGAGAAUAUAGAUAAACACAGUUUAGCCAGAAGAUUGAUAAACACAAUUUAGUCAGAAGAUUGAUAAACACAAUUUAGCCAGAAGAUUGACAAACACAAUUUAGCCAGAAGAUUGAUAAACACAAUUUAGCCAGAAGAUUGACAAACACAAUUUAGCCAGAAGAUUGAUAAACACAAUUUAGCCAGAAGAUUGAUAAACACAAUUUAGCCAGAACAUUGAUAAACACAAUUUAGCCAGAAGAUUGACAAACACAAUUUAGCCAGAAGAUUGAUAAACAUAGUUUAGAGGGAAGAUAGAUAAACACAAUUUAGCCAGAAGAUUGAUAAACACAGUUUAGCGGGAGGAUAUAUAAACAUAAUAAUUUAGCUAGAAGAUUGAUAAACACAGUUUAGCGGGAGGAUAUAUAAACAUAAUUUAGCGGGAAGAUAGAUGGAAAUAGUUUAGCGUUAAGAUAAAUAUCCAGAUUUUAAUCAGUUACAUCAAGGUGAAAUAAAGUAUAGAAAGUAGAAUGUGGACAGUUACAGCUUGGUGAAAUAAAGUAUAGAAAGUAGAAUGUGGACAGUUACAGCUUGGUGAAAUAAAGUAUAGAAAGUAGAAUGUGGACAGUUACAGCUUGGUGAAAUAAAGUAUAGAAAGUAGAAUGUGGACAGUUACAGCUUGGUGAAAUAAAGUAUAGAAAGUAUAAUGUGGACAGUUACAGCUUGGUGAAAUAAAGUAUAGAAAGUAUAAUGUGGACAGUUACAGCUUGGUGAAAUAAAGUAUAGAAAGUAGAAUGUGGACAGUUACAGCUUGGUGAAAUAAAGUAUAGAAAGUAUAAUGUGGACAGUUACAGCUUGGUGAAAUAAAGUAUGGAAAGUAGAAUGUGGACAGUUACAGCUUGGUGAAAUAAAGUAUAGAAAGUAUAAUGUGGACAGUUACAGCUUGGUGAAAUAAAGUAUGGAAAGUAGAAUGUGGACAGUUACAGCUUGGUGAAAUAAAGUAUGGAAAGUAGAAUGUGGACAGUUACAGCUAGAGUUCUUCACGCCGACCAAAGAGUUCUUCGUGUGACAACAAAGAAUUGCUUUUCUUUGGUCACAGACGGUGCUAAAGCAAUUUGAAAUAUCCUGGUUUGAAAUUUGGAAAACAAAAAAAAAUCAUGGUCAACUUACAAAUGGGUUCUAUUUGUAAGAGUUCUAUAUUUCUAAAGGAGCUCUGAACUUGAAAAAACCUCACUUUGUCUCUUAUAGACUGUUUGCUAUUGGAGGAAACUAUUUGUAGGAAACUUGUUUAGUGAGUGGAACAGUCUCACAAAAACCAAAUGACACAGACGCAUAUUGUUAUAGAAUAUGGUUUAAUUACAAGAAACGCUUUGUUAAGAUUCAUCCCCCAAAAAAUGCGGGCUCCGAGUCCACCCUCAGUUCAAUUUAUUAUUUUAUUUGUGAAUGAAACAGGAUCAGAAAUCGUAGUAUCCAAGCAUUAAUGCUUGCUCAGAUUGUUCUUAUGCCCCCUGUCCCCCCUUUUCGUCUAAUGGCAUUAAAGGACACGCCGUAUGAUUUGCUUACAUCUUACAGGUGGCUGCCACCUCUGUACUCUCAGCCCCAUGUCCUUCGACGGAGAUUCAAGGUAAGUUGACAAGUGGAUCGUACCUUAGUUGUUCGGAUCUUUCGUGUUCUUGGCUAUGGUUCUUAUUAGUGAUAUAGCUAGAGCUUGAACGCUUGCAUUAGAGCCCAAAUUGCUGACUAGGCCACUCAACCACGUCACACUACAUGCGUUGGGAAAAUGUUUGGGGUGGGGAGGGGGGUGGUUGUGAACUCGGCCAUUUUGCCAGGGCCUUCAAAAAUUUUAUAGUUGGGCCAUUGGUUAAAAUUAACCCAUGUAUUUUUGGGGCGUUGGCACAAUAUUAAAACUCCACUUUGUUUAUAUGUUCUUUCAAAAUUUUAGUUUGUAAUCAUUCUAGAUACAAUUUAGGAUCUCAAGAUUUUUGUUGUUUUUUUUUCAAUAUCAUUAGUUAAAAAAACUAAAACUAAAUAUUUUAAGAAUAACAAAAGUCACCAAACAUCAUUGUCUUUUCUUUUCUCCCAUGGCCAGACUGCAAAGACAACCCGUUAGAGAUAGCUCUGGUCAUCGACGGCAGUGCCAGCAUUUGGCAGAACAACUUCACAGAAGGACUUUGGUUUGUGCAGAACCUGGUCAACAGGUUUAGCAUCUCUCCCAAUGCGGUGAGUCAGUUGAUUAUUUAUUGUUAAAAAAAAAGAGGGGGGGGGGGAGGAGGAGGGGGUUGAGGUUAAGUCAUUUGAAUACUACUGGGACCACAAUGCACCACGGUUGCGUAUUUUGAUACAUUUUUUUUUUAUGACGUCCUGUUUCCUUCUUUUCCAAGUCUCAAAAUCAGACUCAUUAAGUUCUGAACCAAUAAGCUUUAGAUUUAGAUUAAUAAUUUCAUUGGGUCAUAUGAUUUUUUUUUUAAAUUAUUAUUCUCUGUCCCUUACUAUACAACCUUUAUAUUUAAUAAGCUUUAAAACUAAGAGAAAUGUAAGUUAAAUGAACCAUGCAUGUGGCUAUGCCGUGCAAAAAAAAAAUAAUAAAUUCUUAUAAAUUGGAUACCACAUCUACUUAGGAAGCUGCGGUCAAUCGAAUUAAUUUUUUGGCCGCAUUUCGUUGUAUACAGCGCCAACAAUUAUUAGGGUGAAUUUUUACAUUGAUUACGUCAUGUUUGCUGCCAGGAGUCGUUUCUAAAAGAACGUAAUUAUACGUUGGUGCAUUAUGGGACAACUUGAACCAGAAUCACAAUUCCUAGCCACUUGCAAAAUCUCUGAUGUCAUGCCAGCAUUGUAGGUUAAGCGUCAGUUCUCACGACCAAAUAAGCUUCAAAUUUCACGUCAAAUUGUCUAUGAGCGCAUUAUUUUGUGUGUGGUUUCCUUUUUUUUUUUUUUUUUGACAAAAAUGGAAAUUCGAUCAAAUGGUUAUUUUUAAGCUGUGACAAGGGUUCAUACAAAAAUUUCAACAAAAAACAUUGUAGGUUAAGCGUCAGUUCUCACGACCAAAUAAGCUUCAAAUUUCACGUCAAAUUGUCUAUGAGCGCAUUAUUUUGUGUGUGGUUUCCUUUUUUUUUUUUUUGACAAAAAUGGAAAUUCGAUCAAAUGGUAAUUUGAAAGCUGUGACAAGGCUUCAUACAAAAAUUGCAUCAAAAAAUGAUCGACCAUUUGAUCGCGUGAACUGAGCCUAAAUUGAGUGUGCGCUCAAACGUAACUAUGUAUUUAAGUCAGAUAUACCCUUCAUUUUAAAAUUCUUUUAUUUUUCUUAUAUGACCCCGGCUGCAGUUAACAACAGCAUGACCCGGCUGAGUGUGACUUAAUUUUGCCAAUCAUUUGACCUUAUACACCAGGUUCGUGUCUCUCUGGUGACCUAUGGUGACCGCGUCUACACGGAAGAUGCUUUUGAUUUUGACACGUAUUCUGACAACGCAGGGUUGAAGGCGGCCAUCGGGAACGUCCCCUACCGGGGCGGCAAUAGGACAGAGACGGGAGCCGCCAUUGCGUAAGUCAUGUUCAAGCAAUUGUCUCUCAGAUGACGUCAAAAACAAUAUUUCAUUAUUUGAAUUGCUGUCUCUGGACAAAACCUAACGUUAAUGUGUAAAAUCUGGAGUAAAAUGUUUCGCCGAUGAGCUAAUCGGACGAUUACUGAUGAAUCAGUUUGUUUUAAAGGCCGAUCACAUAUUAAUUAGCAAAAAUGGGCAGUUAGGCCGAUUAUCGGUGGAACAGUACGAAUUCUGCCGUAAAUACUCAAAUAUCGAUUGGACCGAUUAACUGUGGAACAGUAUCGAGUCUCAAGUAAAGACUGUAUUGGCAAUUAGAUAGACAGAGAUCUCGACCACUCUGUCUUAGUUAGCAGAAUCUUCCGCAAGUGAAAGUGAAACAGUGACUGCAGCAUUUGGUCUUUGCAGGAGACCUAAGGGCAUACGAGUCAUAUUAAGUAUGAAAAUACUACACUUGGUCCACAGCAUCAUUGGUCCACGGCAUCAUUGUUCCACAGCAUCAUUGGUCCACAGAAUCAUUGGUCCACAGCAUCAUUGUUCCACAGCAUCAUUGGUCCGCAGCGUCAUUGGUCCACAGCGUCAUUGGUCCACAUCAUCAUUGGUCCAGCUCCCAUGGCUAAGCGAUUGAAAUGGCUGCAGAACUUUAAAAAGUCGGUGUUCUCCAGUUGUUAAGUCUCAGACAGAAAGCAGAUUCAGUCUGGAAAAAAUAUACGACGAAUCUCUGCCACUUGCGUCAUUACACGGUGCUAACAUCGAGUUUAUGUUUGAACGACGGCAUGCAAACAAUAAGAUGAUGUCUGACCAACGAUGUCAAGGUUAUGUCUGACCAACGAUGUCAAGGUGAUUUCUGACCAACGGUGUCAAGAUGGUGUCUGACCAACGAUGUCAAGGUGAUGUCUGAAGAACGAUGUCAAUUUGAUGUCUGACCAACGAAGUCAAGAUGAUGUAUGAUGAACCAUGUCAAUUUGAUGUCUGACCAACGAUGUCAAGGGGAUGUCUGACCAACGAUGUCAAGGGGAUGUCUGACCAACGAUGUCAAGGUGAUGUCUGACCAACGAUCUCAAUGUGAUGUCUGACCAAUGGUGUCAAGGUGAUGUCUGAUCAACGAUGUCAAUUUGAUGUCUGACCAACGAAGUCAAGAUGAUGUAUGAUGAACCAUGUCAAUUUGAUGCCUGACCAACUGUCAACUCCUACACGUCUUCUUGGAUUGAUUACAUUCGUCAGUUCUUUCAUACGUUGAAGCGUCGGAUUACAUUCGUCAGUUCUUUCAUACGUUGAAGCGUCGUACUAUUCUAACUAUCAAUUAACAAACUCAACUCCUUUUCAUAAUAACUAUAACUUUAAUAUCUAAGUAAAUAUAAUAAACAUCCUAUCACUCCAAGGUUCCACUCAAGACUGCCACACGACUACAACAUACGUCACAACACUGCAUAGACAAUACGUCACGACUCAGCAUAAAAAUACGUCAUAAAGACAAUGGCGGGAAGAGCGUUCACUAACUAUAAUAGACAAGCGCGGGAAAAGCGUUCAACAACUAAUGAACAUAAUAUUGAGUCGCAACAAUUCCUAAUGAACGCUCAUACUCGACAUAUCCCCCCUCUUUCAUUUCAGAUUUUACUCAGGGAGUGAAAUCGUCACCAGACAUACAAAAUUUACAUCAAUUACAUCAAGAAGAACCCUUCAGCCAUAUGAAUGGUCCUUAUCAAAAAACAUUAUUUAGGUAUCACUGAAAAUCAAACAGAUUUAUGAUAUACUGCAAUAAAAUAAACAAUCCUUCGUACAUAAUUUUAAAUGCAAUUCAAGAGUUAAAAAUUCAUGUACGACAAUAAAAAUCAGACCAUUGAAAUUGAAUGUCAACAUUAAUUUUCAUUUUUCAUACCAAUAAAAAUAAUUAUAUUUUUAUCUCAAAAAUCAGGGCAAACACAUCAACAUCCUUACUGAAUUUGAAACUAUAACUAAGUUAAUCCAAAUCAUAUUAUCAAAAAGGUGCAUUUUUAAACAAAACCAAUGGUCAUCACUAUAAAAACACAAAACUAUCUAACAUUAAUACAGGUGAGAGAUGUCUCACCACAAUUUGAGCAGCCUUUAUUUGCUCUUAAAUAACACAGCUACAGAUGGCGGGACAUAUCUUUUGUCCGUGGAUUUCACAACUUUAUGCUUCAACAUGUUUAUUAUAAUUAAAAUUAUCUCUCCCUGUUCUUUUGACCCGUGGUCAUAACUCAUGUGAAACCUCAGUUUUACAAUACAUAUUUUUAAAUUGUUACAAAAUGAAAAACGAGUCUCAUAAAAAAGAAAUUCAAACAAAUCAGGAACUUCAAAGCAAUCAUGGCAAUAGUUCAUUUUAACAGAUUCAUUUUGUUUAACAAUACAAUUAAAAGCCUCACCUCCCAACUCAUGGACCUGACAACUCACCUCCUCUUGAAAAUCAUAAACAAGUGCACCUUUAGAGCUGGCAGCGCUCUCUUUAACACUUUCAACAUUGGUUUCCAACUUAAUGUUAGAGCACUCCUGGCUCUCAAAAUCUGGACAACCUUCACUCACAUUACUUGGGAAUUUAUUUUCAUUACAACUAUCUGUAACAAUAUGUACAUUUGAGCAGCCCUGGCUCACAUUUACAGGUGAUUCAUUAUCAUUACAGCUAUCCGUAACAAUAUGAAAAUCUGAGCAGCCCUGGCUCACAUUACCUAUUGAUUCAUCAUCAAUACAGCUCUCUGUAAUACUAUAAAAUUUUGAGCAACCCUUGCUCAUAACAACUUGUGAUACAUUUUCAUUGCAGAUCUCUGCAGUAACAUCAAAACCUGAGCACACCUGGCUCACAUUAUCAACUAAUUCAUAUUCAUUACCAGUACAUAUCUCUGUAAAAAUAUCAACAUUUGAGCAACCUUUGCUCACAUUACACAGUGACUCAUUUACAUCACAAUAAUUAUCAACAACAAUUUUCUCUCCUUCCCCCACCUCAGGGAUUACACUCACCUCAUCAACCUCACACAAAAAAUCAGACACUUUAACUUCAGGACUUACAUUAUCUGAUGGCUCACCAUGAGAUACAACAAAAAUCAUGUCCUCAGACAUUAGAACAGGGUUCUCUUUGCUUUCAAUGCCGCCCGUUUCCAUAACAACCAAUUCAUUACAUGCUGUGGCGCUGGGACAAUCCCCUACAUACGUCCACCUAAGGUCAUUUCCAAUGACUUCUACCUUAUUAAAUUGUCGUCCCCUUUCUUCUUUACAUUGGACUUCCUGGGAUACACCAACUACUUCAACCUCGUUUUGACAUGAAUCUAAAGCUAUAUCUGUACCCUUUGCCACUGGGGGUAUGUCAACACGGUCAACGUUGUCCCUUUUAACGUUAGCCGACGGAUCAAUUAACAAAUCACUGUCAUUUCCAUUUAAAAAAAUUGAGUCGCCAGCAGAGGCAAUAAUAUCAUUUUGUUCCUCAGUAUCUUUAGCCAUGAACCGUGGUUGCGAGGCCGGCUCUUGCCUGGGGUCAGGAUCAUGAGUAUGUCCACCGUUAUCCACAUAUUUGUUUUCACUUACAUUAAUAGAAACUCUAUUAAAAUUUUUAUAGGGAUUCUCACAGUGAAUGCUGGCAAUGCCAUAAUAUAUUUCUUCCCCUUGACUCUCGUCAUCGUCACUGUCGCUAUAAUAAUAUGCCUGUCUCUUUAAAAAUUUUUCCCGUCGUUCUGCCUCUAAUUCCGCCAGUCUAAUUUUUUCAUCUAGUUUAUCUAGUUCAAAUUGUCUCUCUCUCUGUUUAUUUAUACGUUCUUCCUCUCUCUGUCUAUCUAUACGUUCUUCCUCUCUCUGUCUAUCUAUACGUUCUUUCUGUCUGGCUCUAAGUUCUUCCUCUCUCUGUCUAUCUAUACGUUCUUUCUCUCUCUGUCUAUCUAUACGUUCUUUCUGUCUGGCUCUAAGUUCUUCCUCUCUCUGUCUAUCUAUACGUUCUUUCUCUCUCUGUCUAUCUAUACGUUCUUCUUCUCUCUGUCUAUUUAUACGUUCAUUCUCUCUCUGUCUAUAUAUACGUUCUUCCUCUCUCUUUCUAUCUAUACGUUCUUCCUCUCUGGCUCUAAGUUCAUCCUCUCUCUCUUCCCGUAUGUGUUCUUCGACCUUAACUCUUAUAUAUUCCUCUAGGUUCUCUCCCGUAUAAAGAAGUAACACACCCACAUGCCUAAUUUCUUCUAAACUCCAUUUCCUACUGACAUAUCCAGCCAUAGCAAUGCAAACUAAGGGUGAUCAUACAAUAAACAAUAAUUAGGUUUAAGGACCAAUCGCAGUCUGUUUAAACUAACUCUAGCAAAAAUCUAAAUUCUACCCAGGUAAAAAAAAUGUUAAUACAUAAGUCAUAAGAAAAUUAAUGCCAAAAAUGUUUUAAACAAUAAAAAUCCAACUUGCCUGGUUCGUGGAAAGUCCUAUAGAAUUUAAAUAUUAUUCAAAACACACACUGGGCUUAAUUAAGUGUCAAUGGUUCUUUACUGUCAAUAGUUCUCUCACAAACUUCAAUUGUCCUAUAUGGCGAUCUUGGGACACAGUCAUUGAGGUGUGGGUGACCGGGACGGGUCACGGGACAUCGGCAGCUCACUGGACAGAACGUAGGCGAAUCGCCGACACUGGACAGUUCGUGGGUAACUCGCCAAUACAGGAUCGGGCAUGUGCAGCUUGAUGCAGGACGGGACGUUGGUGGCUCGUUGAAACAGGACAGGGCGUUGUUCAACUGGGUGACCGGACAGGCCACAUGACUUCACAGCUCACUGGACACGAAGUUGGUAGCUCACUACCGACAGGACGUAGAUUACUCGAUACAGGGGAAAUGCGUAGUCAAUUCACUGGAACUCAACUGCACAUUGGCGACUUGAUGCAGGUCAGGGCUGGGUAUUUCACUGGAACUGAACACGAAUUUGGUAGCUCACUACCGAAGGAACGUAGAUAACUCGAUACGUGGAGGGGCGUAGUUAACUCACUGGAACUGAACAGGACGUUGGCAACUUGAUAACGGACAGGGCGUAGUUAAUUCGCUGUAACUGGACACGACAUUGGUAACUUCAUACAGGGCAGGACGUAGUUAUUUCACUGGAACUGAACAGGACGUUGGCAACUUGAUAACGGGCAGGGCGUAGUUAAUUUGCUGUAACUGGGCACGACAUUGGUAACUUCAUACAGGACAGGACGUAGUUAUUUCACUGGAACUGGACACGAGGUUGGUAACUUGAUAACGGGCAGGACGUAGUUAAUUUGCUAUAACUGGACACGAGGUUAGUAACUUGAUAACGGGCAGGACGUAGUUAUUUCACUGGAACUGGACAUGAGGUUAGUAACUUGAUAACGGGCAGGACGUAGUUAUUUCACUGGAACUGGGCAUGAGGUUAGUAACUUGAUAACGGGCAGGACGUAGUUAAUUUGCUGUAACUGGACACGACAUUGCUAACUUGAUGAGGGGCAGGACGUAGGUGGUUGAUGGAGUUACUGGCGUAUGCAACUCACAUAAACUUGACACACGGUGGCAGCGGGGCUCCGACAUUGAAAUACGGGAACAUGCGACGAUGGUUGUAACUUCACUAAAGUUGAAUACUAAGAAUGUUCUUGUACUUUACCUCAAGUAUGAAAAUAACGAGGUUCACCAAUCCCGGAUGAGAAGCCCCCAUGUCAACUCCUACACGUCUUCUUGGAUUGAUUACAUUCGUCAGUUCUUUCAUACGUUGAAGCGUCGGAUUACAUUCGUCAGUUCUUUCAUACGUUGAAGCGUCGUACUAUUCUAACUAUCAAUUAACAAACUCAACUCCUUUUCAUAAUAACUAUAACUUUAAUAUCUAAGUAAAUAUAAUAAACAUCCUAUCACUCCAAGGUUCCACUCAAGACUGCCGCACGACUAAAACAUACGUCACAACACUGCAUAGACAAUACGUCACGACUCAGCAUAAAAAUACGUCAUAAAGACAAUGGCGGGAAGAGCGUUCACUAACUAUAAUAGACAAGCGCGGGAAAAGCGUUCAACAACUAAUGAACAUAAUAUUGAGUCGCAACAAUUCAUAAUGAACGCUCAUACUCGACACCAACGAUGUCAAGAUGAUGUAUGAUGAACCAUGUCAAUUUGAUGUCUGACCAACGAAGUCAAGAUGAUGUAUGAUGAACCAUGUCAAUUUGAUGUCUGACCAACGAUUUCAAGAUGAUUUCUGACCAACGAUGUCAAGAUGAUGUCUGACCAACGAAGUCAAGAUGAUUUCUGACCAACGAUGUCAAGAUGAUGUCUGACCAACGAUCUCAAGAGGAUGUAUGACGCACGAUAUCAAGAUGGAUGCCUAGUGAGACACACACAACAGAUUCACAACCGAGACAUUCAAACAGCCCUGGACGAUGCUAACCAGCACAAAUACCUAGUCGAUUUGAACGGCAGAACUUGGUCGACAAGAAACAGCUAGCAAUGAUGACCACCUAAGACCCUACUGAGUGACCCCUGCACCAAUGCUGGUGACGUUGAGGCAAUAUGCUACCAGUGUGGUGUCGAAUCUGGUACUGUGGCAGCUGAACUUUCUGACUUUACAAUAACAUACAAAUUGUUUUGCGACUGAGAGGAAUCAGAAGGUGCGGUCGUUUCCCAGACACCUGAACAGUCUGUAGAAGACAUUGACACUGAUAGAGCAAGAUUAUCUGAUGAGUACAAUACUGACCCCCUCUUCACUAUGGCCAGGCAGAUUCUCAAUUGAAAUGUGUAAAUAAAUGAAAGAGCUUUGCCUUCUUUAAGUUACCCGAAUAUCUGGUUAUCCUAACUUGCUGACAGGGCCUUGCAGAGAAUUUUUUUGGCCCCAAGUAAAUCCAAAUUUUCGGCCCCCACAAAUUUCAAAAGAAUUUUAUCAAAAGGUUCGGGAAUUUAAAACAAAAGAGACAAAGGGUAUUUUAUUGAAACGCACAUUCUUUUUGGCAAAUUUAUUAGUGAUAUUUUAUUUAAAAAAUCCAUCCCCCACGCCAAAAGAGACGUCAAACGGAAUAAGGCCAUAAGCCAAGUAAUGUAAGUAGUGCCUUGUCUUAGCACAGAUACGAUGCGCGCCCUGUCUGCGAAUGGGCCAAGAAGCGUUGUUUGUGUUAGUUGUCCUAAACAUUUUUUUACCUGUAAACGGUAAUGAAAAAAAAAAUCGAAUAAUGCGAGUCCCUAGUUUUAAGUAGAAUUUUUUAAACCCUACAUUUCUCGCACUUAUCGCGGCAACAUGCGUUAUUAGAAACGAUUCAAUCUGAGUAUUCUAUGACUGAAUGGGACUGGGUCACAGUGACGCACACUCACUGACUAUGACAUUGAGCCACUAACUCACUGUGAUACACUUAUAAAAUAAACCCAGUAAAGGGAUUUUAAUGUAAAGAAUUACUGAACUAUUAGUUUAGUGAAAUUGUAAUCGUUUGAUAUCACUAUCAUUAUUGGUCAAUAGUGUUCGAACAUUUGUUUUAAACUGUAAUUUUAUUCUAUUACUAUUAUUCAUAAUGAACUCUAGAAAUUAAACAACGUUUCACAGAAUUGAACAAGGUCCAGGGGGACGUGUGGUUGGCUUCCACCACACAUUGGGGAGGGGGGCGGGAGAAGACGCCCCUGAGUAUUAAUAAAAAAUAAAGUAGUCAAUGUCCUAUCUGACUGACAUCUGACCUAGAUUUGAUGUUGGCAUAGUCCUCUCGUAAUUUUUUACAAAUCAAUUUCAACUUCUCACAGAUACAUGCUGGACACCCAACUGCCCAAAGCCAGGCCUAAUGUUAGAAAAGUGGCUGUCGUUCUAACUGAUGGUAACUCUCAGAAAGAACAAGUUACCAAGAAUGAAGCUUUAAGGGCCAGGAAGACAGGACUGGAAGUUUUCGCCAUUGGAGUCGGGAAAGACAUCUCCGAUCAGGAGCUGCACAAUAUCGCAAGUGACAGCACGUAAGUCAAAGGUCACGGAAAUGGUCAGUUAUAUGGUCAAACGAUGGUCCAUCUAUGGGGAGCCAAUAUUCACAGCCAUGGGGAGCCAAUAGUCACAUAUAGACUAGUCAUUUAUUUAUCCUCUAUGCCUAUGCGCUAACUGCUACACCUGUUGCAAUAUUUACAAAUGGUUACUCUUAAAUAUCCUACAGGCACGUGUUCACUGUGAUCAGAUACAACCUGUUGGAUGACAUUUUGAACAGACUCUUGUUUGAGGCUUGUGGUGGUAAGUAA